AUGUUGAUUCAGAGCCUGAGGUAUUAUCUGUCGGAGCACCCAUCAAUCGUGGGGUUCCGGUGGAGUCACACCCAAUCGUGGGGGUCCACGUGGUCUUUCCUAUUUUCCUCAAUCGCCGCUUAUGUUGCCGGGUCGGUUUUUCUUCAUUUACUUCUUCUCAUGGUGUUCCGCCACCGCCGGCCACUCCCGCUCGGACCCAUCCCCGCGGUACACUCCCUAAGCAUGGCUCUUAUCUCCGUUAUAAUCUUCACCGGCAUCCUCCUCUCCACCGCGGCGGAGAUCCGUGACACACGAUGGUUCUGGCGUCGUCUCCGGAUGACACCUUUUCAAUGGCUUCUCUGUUUCCCGCUAGGCACACGCCCUUCCGGCCGCGUGUUCUUCUGGUCAUACAUAUAUUACCUUUCUCGGUUCCUCCACGCCGUACGAACAUUCGUCACAAUUUUACGCCGGCGAAGGCUGUCCUUCUUCAAGCUUUUCAACCACUCAAUUUUAAUCUUCAUGUCAUUUCUAUGGCUCGAAUUUUCUCAAUCAUUUCAGGUGGUUGCAAUUCUUCUCACCACUUUAGUCUACUCCGUCGUGUACGGGUACCGAUUCUGGACGGCGAUAGGGCUGCCGAGCGCGUGUUUUCCGUUCGUCGUAAACUGCCAGAUGUUGUUGUUGAGUUGCAAUCUACUGUGCCAUGUCGGUGUGCUAUUGCUGCAUUUCAUUAAAGGAGGAUGCAAUGGAAUCGGAGCAUGGGUUUUCAAUUCAGUGCUUAAUGGUGCCAUUCUCUGUCUGUUCUUGAAAUUCUAUGUGCAAAUGCAUCUGCAGAAAAGAAAGUCAGGUGGCGGUGGUGGUGAUCACCGCUUUGCGGCGGCGAAAGAGGCUGAAAACUUGGAACUGGUCAAAGACGGGGAUAUUCGAGGUCUCUGA